AUGAAGCUAUCUGCCAGGCUGAAGAAGAUGGUGCGUGAGGUGCUAAGCUUGAUUUGGAAGCAUAGGCGAGAGAGUAACAUUCACACAAUCGAUUUCAUCUGGGGCUACUCCAAGGCCUACUUCAAGGGAUGCACCAUUGGGGCCAAAAGAGCCAAAUCUGCCAUUACGGCGCAAAGCCGAGCAUCCUCUUCUGCUGUCGGUGGGUACAUAUUCGAUGAGUGCACAUUCGAGGCCGCUCCGGAUGCAACGGUCGAUCUGACCAAGAGCGUGUAUCUCGGUCGUCCGUACUCCGCCUAUGCCCUGGUGGUCGUCAAGAAUUCGUUCUUGAGUGAUGUUAUCCAACCCUCUGGAUGGAAGAUCUGGAGUACCACUGACCCCCGUACGGACCACAUCACGUUCGCCGAGUUCAACAAUUCAGGGCCGGGUAAUUGGGAGAAUAAUGCAGUCGCUCGACAGGCUUUUGGCAAUUGUACUCUACUUACCUCGGACACUUAUACACUUGAGGCAGUCAUGGGAUCGACUGACUGGAUUGAUCUGACAUACUGGGGCUCUGUUACCAUCCCAACCGGGACCCCGACCACUACGGCUACACCGACCGCUACUCCUACUGCUAUCCCAGCAGCGUAUGGUGGAACUGUUCCUCCUGCUGGAGCGUACAUCGUGUCGAAGACGGCGAUUGAAAAUGUGACUACUUACGACACUAUCCAGAGUGCGCUCAAUGCCCUGCCCACCUCCAGUAAAGUGACACCCACGGUAUUCAUCUACCCGGGUGUCUACGAGGAGCAGCUUGUGCUCAAUCGUUCCGGAACCACGAUUUUCAUCGGCUACUCAACCUCGACCUUCGACUACAAUAGCAACCAGGUCACUAUCCAGUACAAUGCUGGUGUCGAUACCCAGGCCGACCAGUCCAACUCGGAUAGUGCCACUGUUUAUGGCACCGGCAACUACUUCCAGGCUAUCAACAUCAACUUUGUCAACAACUUUGGCACCGCUAAGGACUAUGCAUCUCUCGGUUUUGCAGUCAAGUCAAGCAAGUAUGCUGCUUUGUACGGCUGCCAGGUGAAGGGAAACCAGGAUGCGCUCUUGAUCAAUGGAUAUUUCUUCGCUAGCAACAGCUACAUCGAGGGGAACAUCGAUAUGAUCUGGGGAUCGGGAGCUGGCUAUUUCCUCAAGUCGACUAUUGCGCCUAACGAAGAUGGCAUCAAUCUGACGGCCGAUAAGCGCUCCACGAAUACUACUGCCGCUGGGUUCGUCUUCGACCAGUGUACCAUCGUUCCCUCUACGGGUGCCGGGACAAUGUCCGAUAUCUCGCUCGGCAGGCCAUGGAACUCUUUUGCUCGGGUGGCAUACGUAGAUUCAUACCUUGACUCAUGUGUGACUGCUGCUGGAUGGGAGCGGUGGUCCUCGAGCGCUCCAAACACCGAUGGGGUGGUGUUCGGAGAAUAUGGCAACUAUGGUCCUGGCGCGUCGACUGCUCAGCGUGCAUCGUUUGCAACUCAAUUGGAUGGUAGCAGCAUUUCUCAGUUCCAGCUGUCGAGUUUCUUUGCCGUUACAUCUUGGAUUGAUUUCACCCAUGUCAGUGGAACCCCGUUCGUGCCUGGAAUUGCAAUCAGCACGAGUGCGGUUGUGAGCUCAGCUACGCCUACUUCCAGUGCCGUCGUUACACCCUCGACCGUGACAACGACAGUGACCGUGACGGAUCAGGAGACUGUGUACACGACUUUGACUUCUACCGACAAGACAUCCACGGUCAAGUAUACCGUCACCGAAGAUGUGGGUACAACUCUGACUGCGGCCGAGUCUUUCAAGACAACGACGCAGAAGACUACAAUCACAGACACUGUGAUUGUUACUGAGCCAACGGUGUGGAGCACGAAGAAGGUUGUCAUUACCAGUGAUGUCGGACUCACCAUCACACCGGCUCCAAGCACGAGUACGAGCACGCUAAAGGAAACUACCACAGUCAUUGCAACAACUACCCAGGCGCCGUCUACUGUCACCGUCAAGAGCACAUUGACCUCUGCCACAACCACCACGGUGACGGCCAAAGCAGUAACGACAACAUCAACGGCAGUGACCACAACGACUACUGUCACGACCUCCACUCCGGGAACAGUCAAGGUAACUUCAACCGUCACCGUCACUACGGGUACUGGCGGCACCACCACUAUCACGGCUAAGGCUAUGACAAGCACCGUCAGCGUCACCUCCACAGUCUCCAAAGCCAAGACCAUCACGACUACGAUUAGCUGUGUUCCAGCAGCAAAGAUGAAGCGGAAUGUAAUCCCUCGAGCUGCUGCCGCUGUGACAGUCACCGACUACACCACGCUCACAACAAUUGUCAAGACAUCCACCGUCAAGCUUCCUGCAUCAACCGAUACUGUCACUGUGGUGACCACUAAGACGACCGGCAAGACGACGACUAUCCCAGCGUCAGCUAGCACCAUUACCGUCCUGUCGACCGUGACCAAGGGCACGACCAGCACUAUCCCAGCGGUAACCAGCUAUGUCACGCAGACCAGCAUCUCAACCAUCGGGAAGACCACCACCCUCAAGGCCUCUACCACCACGGGGACUGUUACCUCGCUCGCAACCAAGACAUCAACUACCACAGUGGUUGGCGCCACUCAGACCGUCACCAGCAUCAAGACAACGACAAUCGAAUCGACCGUCUCGCUUCCUCGGAGCACAGUCACCGUGACCAAGUCGACCGUCUCGACGGUCCAUUCAACAGUCACGCUCGCCACUCCUACAAGCACAAUUGUAAAGACGACAACACAUAGUCUUACCCCUUCGGCGACGGUUACUUCCCGGGCCACCAGUACCAAGACGACGACGGUAAAGACGACAGUCACGCAGACGGAGACCGUGACUAAAACGUCCAAGGGGGCUGGAGCCUGCCCUACCAACUAA